ACCUCUGAAAUGAUGAUGGGAUAUCCCAUGUAUGAUACCCUUUUUGUUAUCACUUGGCCCUCAGUCUGAGGCGAUCCAGUUUGCCUCCAAGGAGUUGAAACGGGACCCUGAGGUGCUGUUGAAGGCCUUGGGUCGUACAGCCUCAGCGUUGCGCUUUCUGCCCAGGGAUCUGUGGGAGGUGCCAGAGUUGAUGCUGGAGGCGGUAAAGGCAAAUCCCAUUUGCCUGAGCACCAUGCCCUGGUUUCAGGAAGACGAGGAUUUUGUCUUGAUGGCUUUAGCUCGAAAUGGCAUGGCGCUGCAACACGUGAACAAAAAGUUUCAACGGAGCGCUAAGGUGGUGCUGGAGGCGGUGAAACAAAAUGGCCUGUCCUUGCAGUUCGCUCAUCCCGAUGUCCGAGCCGAUGCCGAUGUAGUCCUGCCUGCCGUGGCCCAAAACGGUAACGCCUUCGGCUAUGCUGCGCGGCUGCUGCGAAACGAUCCAAACAUCGCGUUUCAGGCGUUAGCACUGAACGGCAACGCCUUGGCACAUUUGGGCGAUGCCUUGAGAUCUGAUGCGAAUCAGGUGCUUCUGCAGGUGACUCGAAACGAGGGCGUUGAGGAGUACACGCAGCCCUACAUAGUACCUGCGUGGGGGCCUUUGGACACGCUACGCCACCGAGAAGUCGUUUUGCGCUGGCUCGCCCGAAGGUGGAACAUUGCUGGUUGGAAGAGUGGCGGUUUGCCCACCCGGAGUCCUUCCAGAUCUUUCAUGUCAGAGCUGUGCCCUGAACUGUCGCCUGUGUGGCCCUCUGCCCAGCACGUCUUUGAUACGAUGAACCUGGCCUUCACCAUCACCUUCCUGGUGCUUGAUUCCUACUACGCCACUCCGGGGCAGAUGGGAUCUGCCACACGGCGAUUACCAGGCCUUGUGUCCUGUGAGCAUCGCAUGUAUCCUUACAACCAUGCCGCCAUCAAGCUCACUGGCGCUAUCCUGUCCAACAGUUUCUAUGCGUUUGGACUUUGGGUCUCCAAUGCAGAGGUGUACGAGAGCUCACAGAGAACCGCCUGGAGGAUCUUCACGGUGGAUAUGAACGACUACCGGGUGGACGGGACUGCCAUGCCCAUCCCCAUGGCGGCGCACACGGCGCGCAAUCUGCCCAUGUCCGUGGACUCGACGCAGCUGAGCUUCGGGCUCUACCGAGUAUCCUUGAUGAAUGCCAUGCCGUAUUCCAUGUCGGGAACGCAUUCGCAGAGAACAGUAGCGACAGAGGUUCGUUCAGAUGGCCGGGUCCAUCGAGCAGGGGUUGCAGUCAGUCUUGAUGAUGCAGAAUUGGUUUUCAGAGUCUAUGCAGCGUACCACGGUCACCAUUUUGCCACUGCGGGUGCGAAGGGAGGGCAGUGGUUGAAGAGAUCAGCUCCACUCUGCGGGUCUCAUACUAAGUACGACUGGGAUUUCGAGGAUUCGGAAUUCCGGCACCUGGCCUUGUUCCCCAACGCGUGCCUUGGCGACAUGAAGGGAAUGCAUAUUGAGGAUUUGACAGCUGCUAAGCGGGAGAAUCCUCCAAGCAUCAGUGGAGGCAUCCUACGGAAAACUUCACGGCAUAGGACCCAGAGCUUGGUGUUGCUGGGAACCAAUGCCAAUUUGCCAGGAGGCUAUCCGUUGCGUCAAGGCAAUGUGCUUCUCUGGAAUCAGGAGAGUGUCUAUUUGCCCAACGAGACCUACGGGUGGUUCCAAACCUUUGUGCGAGUUCCAGACAGGGGUCCCACCUCAUCGCCCAACGCCUUCAUUUUCGAGUUCGGCCACGUCUGUGUCCACCUGGGUCCACCUGGGUCCACCUGUCCAACCACGGAGCAGUGGGAUGAUGGCGACUUGGAACGAUGGCUAUUUUCCAGACUGGGGCCCGGUGCUUUGACCACCUGCGCCAGCAUCUGCCGCCGCUGGUGCGCCCUGCUGCACCCCAGCGGCCUCGCGUGGCGUGCUGCGACGAAGAGCGUCGCGAGCGUCGCGGCGCGGAACGGCAGUGCGGUGGUGCAGUGGACGGGGGUAGAGCUGCUGAUGCCGAUCAAGAACCAUUUUGCGGAUGCCGAGCUCAUGGCUUUACCCUUGGGCGCUCGCCCCGAACUGCGGCAGCUCCCACUGCAGCAUUGGGCAGCCCUGGACUAUCGAUGGAUUUCGCAGCUGCUGCACCGUUGGCGUUUGGCCGCGGAGUGUUUGCCACUGUGCCCGCUGUGUGCUGGGGUGGCUUACUACCAGGGCUCUGGGUUCACGCGAUCUGACAUUGCCACGGGAUGGCAAAGCUACAUGCUCUGCAGCACAGGACCUUUCCCGCAUCCGUUGAUCACUACUCUGUUGGCCAACAUGGGCGUGCCCAUCCACAUGGCGCCCAGCGUGCUGCUGCAACUGAGACCAAGCGAUCUGGGCUACGACGAGGUGCCGCCGGAAGCUGAUGGAGAACUUCCAGGACUCCAGGCUCGACAUGAAGAGCCGCAGGCCAUCGAUGGCUUCGGCAGCCUUUGGCGUGGCGGCCCUGGCGGCCGUGCGGUGAUGGCGCAGAACAUCGUCAGCAUCUCCUUGCCCUGUAGCCGCCGCUUGUGCAUCGCCGGGCGGACUCUCAAAGAACUUGGUUUCACCGCGUUCUUCUGCGAACAGGUGAACAAAACCGCUUCCACCUCGCGCACGCGCGUGGGGCGCUACCUGGACGACCAACCAGCCAGGGCCCCGCGGGCUCACGUCUACGGUGCCAGCAACGGACGGGUGGACUUCUUGGCUGAGCUGCCGACAGACAGCUUGAUGAAAUGCGAGGAAACAUGUCCUUUCUGUGGUGAAACAGGCCGUUGGCUCCGGGGUGACCUUGCGACGCUGCGGCCCUGGGACGUGGAGCUGGAAGAUGCCGCAUCUCAAGACGAUGGCUCCAGCUUCCAUGGAAGCCUCUGGCUCUGCCGGCAGCACUUGUGGGGAUGGCGCCUGCGCCGUGCCGGCGUUCCGGUGACCAUGGACUGAGGCCUGGAGGUUUGAUGGUGAUUGAACCAUCUUUGG